UCGCGGCUCUGAAAGAGAAAAAGAUGAUUUCGUCUUUUGUGAAUUAAAUUGCUCGCGUGCGCGAGAAAAAAGAUUUUAUCGGUGUGCAAACACACGCGUGUUAAAAAGAGCGGCCGGAGAGAGACAAACGCUCGCUCUCUUUUCAUUGUGCCGACCGAGCUGCGAGUGAGCACUUCUUCAACAGCAGUCGGUCGAAUUGGAUGGCAUGAUGCCGCCGUCGUCUGCCACUUUGAUCUCCGCGGCCGCUUUUCUUGUCCUCUUCCUCUUGACUGCAGUCACUAGCUAUGAUGGCCCCGGCAUAAUGCAAGUUCAAGUGGAAGGUUUUUUCAACCCUGACGGCCGCGACGCAACUGGUCGGUGCUGCGUCCCUCCACCCGAAAACACCACGUCCGCGGCAAUUGGAUGCGCCGACGAGUGCCGGACCUUUUUCCGAGUGUGUGCAGCUCGUGUGGGUCCCAACUGGCCCGAAGAGACUGACCUUCGGCAGCACACUCUUGCGUGCCCUCUUGGCCUUUUGGUGACCCCAACCAUCGCUAACAAUUCUCUCGAGCCUCGCAGGGAUGGGCUGUUGCUCAUGCGGUUUCCUUACAGAGAGUGGCCUGGAAAAGUUAAAUUGGUCAUUGAAGCUUGGCACGACGUUACUGGCCAACUGUUUGGAAGAGAUCCAUACGAAAGUCCAGAAGCAGAAAAGGUGGCCAAAAUGAUUGUGCGCGUGGAGCGGCGUCACAAGUUGGUCUUUGGCGACGACUGGUUGCGGCGAAGCGUUCGGGUCAACCUGCCGCACCGGGGUCCUCAACGCAAACUAAAUCGCCGUAUCACUUUCACCUACGCCCUGAGAUUGGCCUCAGUGCCCGAUCCUUCCACCACAAGCACCACUUCUACCACGACGACAACCACAACCACCACGACCACUGAGCGUCCUGAGCGGGAAAGCGUCAGCCAUAAUUAUAUCUCUUCGUCUUCGACGGUCAGUUACACUCCUGUUUCAACUGUCCAUGUCACCCACUUCCCUCAGGAGCCGCAGCCGCAGUACACGCCUAUCGACGGUGUCUUCUUGCCGCAGAGUAGCAAUGCCUACCCUUUACCACAGGCCGUCUUCACCCCAUCGACCACGACACCUGCUGCUCCAGAGCGAGAAUUCACUCUGCUGGAGAACACGUACCGACCUGACGAGGUGGUGACCGCCACCCUAGUUGAAGUUACCACCAUGGUCCCUGAACCAAACGAGUCAUCCGAAGAUCGCUACACCCCCGUCGGAAUUAUUCCUCAGCCGCCGAAAAAGUGGCCGACCUUGCCCACUUCAACAGAGCCACCGAGACGACCUGAGGGUUUUUAUGUUCCGCAGCAUGAUGACCCUGAGCCUGUUACACAGAGACCAAAAACCACGACGCCAAAACCUCAUCACUCUACACCAACGGUGGACUAUCAUGCGGCCAUAAACGGCGCCUAUCUUGCCCAUAUGCUGGCAGGUCUGCCAGCCAAGCGUCCGACCCCCGCAAGCCCUCAAAGGGUCACUUAUUCCCCGAUCGGCGGAUUCCACGUUUUUAAAGCUCCUGACCAAGAGGAUGACGAGGAAAAGAUGACUCCUCUGCAGAAUAUAUACCCUUCUUCAAAACUUCCGAUACCCGAGCCAAUCCCAUAUAGUUAUCCAACGACGGUACAAUCAGACGUGAAGAUCCAGAAGGUCACGGCAGCCCCUGUGAACAUCGACCCCGCGCCAGAGAAAAGUUCCGAGGAAAGUUCCGAGCAAGUGGUUUUAUCCUUUGUUGACUCGGCCAUAGUGCAGAAAAACGAGAACGGCACCGAGUCUAGCGCCUUUGCAACCAUGCCUGUCACCGUACUGGAAAAAACAGCCGAACAGAGAAACGCAACGGCAUCUGUUAUUUUAAAGAAGGACUCGUCGGAAGAAGAUGAAGAGAGCGAUGAGAGCCUAGAUUCAGAAGAAAGAGAAGCUGUGGGUGCUCAGUCUGAGGACCUAGAGGAUUUUUUCGACUACGCUAUAUUCCCUAAUACUGCAGACUUUUUGUAAACGGCGUAGAAACAAAAGUUUAAACAAGUCAUCUGCUUUUAAAAUGCUCAAGUAUCUCAAGAUUAAUUAAGUUCAAAAAAUAUCUAAAAUCAUUUAUUAAUAAUAAAAAAAUAACAAUAUAAUUAUUUAUUUAAUAAAUAUAUAUUUUUUUAAAUACUGUAUGUACAUCUGUGUGAAGGUUUUAGAUUUUAGUCUUAUGUUGUGAACUGAUCUGUAGCUACAAUUUAAACUGUUUACAUUUUAUAUAAAUUCAAAAUUAUAUUGAGGCCAUUGAGGGUGUUAUUGUAAAUUGUGAAAAAUAACAAUAAAAGUUUU